UUUCAGUGUUUUCGGCUUCCCUCUCUCUUUUCGCCUUCGAGUGCCAGAGUUCACCUUGGAGCAAUUUAUUAAAAUGUGUACUGCCUCCCAUCGUCGGAUUGGUUGAAACUUGAAAACGAAAGUAAAGAGGAAACCUUGCGUCUCGUUAUUAUUCGAAAAUAAUAAUCUUAUUGCCCGGAAGGUAUCGAGUCUUCUGACACACCGUGACGUUCUUUUAACCUUCAAGCCCCGUCCUCAGUUGAGCAGUUUUCUUUCAUUCUCCCUUCAGACUUGUGAGUGUCGGCUUAUCAGUAUCGAGCCAAUUUUUGAACUUGAAGUGUCAGUAGGUUAAAUUGUGUCCAUCGCGAAGUGAUAAGGCGUUUCUUGUGUCUCUUACUGAAUACUAGUUCUGUGCGAAUUAAUUGGAGCCCAAAAAAUACGAUCAUGUCUGAAAAGGCUGACAUCGCACUUAUCGGUUUGGCCGUCAUGGGUCAAAACCUGAUCUUGAACAUGAACGAUCAUGGGUUCGUCGUCUGCGCGUACAAUCGUACAACAGAAAAAGUGGACCAAUUCCUCAACAACGAAGCCAAGGGAACUAAAGUCAUUGGUGCCAAAUCAUUAGAGGAUAUGGUCGCCAAACUGAAGAAACCAAGGCGUGUCAUGAUGCUUGUCAAAGCUGGAAGCGCUGUUGAUGACUUCAUCGCAAAGCUGGUCCCACUCCUAGAAAAAGGUGAUAUAAUCAUUGAUGGUGGUAACUCUGAGUAUCAAGACACCCAAAGACGAACCAAAUCUUUGGCUGAGAAAGGAAUAUUAUUCGUAGGUUCUGGUGUCUCUGGUGGAGAAGAAGGAGCCAGAUAUGGCCCCUCUCUAAUGCCGGGAGGUAAUCCUGCUGCUUGGCCUUACAUUAAAAACAUUUUCCAGUCAAUCGCUGCUACAGCAAAUAAUGAACCCUGCUGUGAUUGGGUAGGAGAAGACGGAGCUGGUCACUUUGUCAAAAUGGUUCACAAUGGUAUUGAGUACGGAGAUAUGCAACUUAUUUGUGAAGCAUACCAUCUCAUGAAAUCUGCUUUAGGGAUGGAUAAUGAAGAGAUGAGCAAAGUCUUCGAAGAUUGGAACAAAGGCGAACUUGAUUCUUUCCUCAUCGAAAUUACUAAGGAUAUUUUGAAGUACAAGGACACAGAUGGUAAAUUUUUGGUGGAAAAAAUCCGUGACAGCGCUGGUCAAAAAGGAACAGGAAAAUGGACUGCAAUCUCUGCUUUGGACUAUGGUAUUCCCGUAACGCUAAUUGGUGAAUCUGUCUUCUCAAGGUGUUUGUCUUCUCUUCUUGAUGAGCGUGCUCAAGCAAGUAAAGUUUUGUCUGGUCCACCUACCUCCAAAUACCAAGGGGACAAAAAAGAGUUCUUGGAGGAUAUUAGAAAAGCUCUUUACGCGUCAAAAAUCAUAUCCUAUGCUCAAGGUUUCAUGCUGAUGCGAGAGGCAGCUAAGAUUCAUAAGUGGAAUUUGAAUUACGGAGGUAUUGCUCUGAUGUGGCGUGGAGGUUGUAUUAUUAGAAGUGUGUUCCUUGGAAAUAUCAAGAGUGCUUUUGACAAAAAUGCUAAAUUAGCCAAUCUUCUUCUGGACCCAUUUUUCACCAACGCCAUUCAGUCUUCUCAAGCUUCAUGGAGGAAAGUUGUUGCUGCCAGCGCAACUCUGGGUAUCCCCACCCCAGCUUUUAGCACUGCUUUAGCAUUCUAUGAUGGAUACAGAAGCGCACGGCUUCCCGCUAAUUUAUUACAAGCACAACGUGAUUACUUCGGAGCACAUACUUAUGAACUUCUCACUGCUCCUGGAAAGUACGUUCACACCAACUGGACUGGCAAAGGAGGCAACACAUCUGCUUCAACAUAUGAUGCUUAAGUUCCAUUACUAUUUUUAUUCCGGCAGUUUUUCCCCCAUUUUUGCCCAAACUGAGACCUCAUAACAACCUCAAAGAACAUUCAUCUGAACUUUGAAGAAUGAAAUUUCUUGCAUCUGAAACAGUUAUCUGUUCUCUUCACUCGAAUUGGUUAAAAACAAAAGAGGUCUAACCUCUCUAAAUAUAUCAUUCCAAGAAAAGGCUGAAAUGAUACAAUGACUUUUAAAGUUUCCUCUAAAUUAGUUUUGCCUUAGGUUUUUUUAUUUUUUAAUUUAUUGCAUUUUAUACCGGUAAAUGUGCAUUUCUUAAUGCUAUUAUUUAUUUUGCAUUAUCUUGCCAAAUUUCCUUUCUAUGCAUGUUGCAUUUUUAUGUGUGUACAUCAAACGCAUUUCAUUUAUUCAAUAUUAUGAAACCAUCUCUAACGACAUUGAGAGUUCGUUUAUCAAAAAUGUUUUAUUUCAAAAUGUACUCUUUAUUUAAAUAUUACAUUCGUUCCGUCUUAGCAAAAGUGUUUGUAAUAAUGUCAAAGUGUGAUGCACAUAUGUGAUCAUGCACAUCGUUGUUAUUGCAAGAAUUUAUCUUCUAGCACCCAAAUUCAGUUUUUUCUCACAGAAAGUCAAGAAUUGUAGCAUCUUUAAGCACCUUUAAUUAUUUAUGUGAUACUUUUCCUACUUUCUCUACUUAAUUAAUUUUAUUCUUAUGUUUGAGUUCAAUUUUAGAAUUAUCUCGGAAGUUACCCGUCCUCAAACAAAUCUUGUUGUCUGUUUUCAGUAAUCAGUGAAUGUUUUGUAGCAUUUUUCUAAUUGUCAUAUUUAUCGAAGCUGAGUAUUUGGAAUCUUAAAUCGGUCGAAAAGGCACUUAAAUAUGUUAAGGCACAGUAAUCAAAUCAUCGAUUGUUUCAGAACAUCUCUUUUUUUCUAAUGGCUUUGCAGCCGAAGCGCCUUAUGUUGCCUUAAAAAUGUUAAAUCUUACACCAUUCCAUACCAACAUAAUUUAAAUAUUUUUUUUAUCAUUCUUUGAUGACAUUCAUUUUUUUUAUCUUUAUUUUUUUCUGUUCUUCAUAUUUUAAUAUUUAAAGAAAGAACAGUCAAACACCAACUGCCUAAUAACACUCUUCAACAUACUUAGGAAUCGUUUUACCAUCAUUGUUGAACAUUUUUAAUGUAUUUUAUGUACUGUUCAGAAAAUGUUUUAUAAAAUUUAUUUUUCAAAUAACA